AUGCAUAAAGAGAUUGAAGUUUAUGUUGUCGAUAUGAUAGCAAAGUCCGAUAGGGAGGAAAGUCAUGUGGAAAACCUUCGCAAAUUAUUUGAAAGAUUGAGGAAAUACACAUUGAGAUUGAAUCCAGCAAAAUGUACCUUCAGGGUAAAAGUCGGGGAAGCUAUUGGGUUUCGCAAUUGUGUUCUGGGGCAACGAGAUGGUUCAAACAAGAAUGAGCAUGCAACCUAUUAUCUGAGCAAGAAGUUCACGGAAUAUGAAGUGAGGUAUUCUAAUCUGGAAAAGAUGUGUUGCACUUUGGCAUGGACUGCACGUCGACUAAGAAUUGCUCGAUGGCAAGUGGUAUUUGCCAAGUAUGACAUUGUCUACGUUUCCCCAAAGGCUAUAAAAAGAAGCAUAGUCGAGAAAUUUCUAGCGGGUCACGCGAAAGAGGAAUACGAGCCCAUGAGUUUUGAUUUCCCAAAUGAAGAGAUCAUGUUAAUUUCGAAGUGUGAAGAAGAAAUUUGGAGGGUGUAUUUCAAUAGAGCAUCCAAAAUGAUGGAGCUUGGGAUUAGGGCAGUACUAAUCUCCCCAAAUGGCCAGUAUUUUCCUGCUACAGAUAAAUUGAUGUUAACUUGUAUGAACAAUAUAGUUGAAUAUGAGGCAUGCAUUUUGGCACUUCAAAUCGCCAUUGAGAAAAAGAUUAGGGUUUUAAAAGUUUUUGGUGACUCAGCGUUAGUUGUUUAUCAAACAUAUGUGCAUGGACUAAUCAAAGAGUUUGAUGAUGCUCAAUUUUGUCAUUUGACAAGAGAAGAAAAUCAGUUAGCAGAUGCAUUAGCUACUCUAGCCGCCAUGUUCGAAGUAGGAUCCAAAAUAGAAGUGCAACCUAUACAGCUAAGGGUCAAGGACUCGCCGGCCCACUACGCGAAAGUAGAAUUAGGAACAGAUGGGAAACCAUGGUAUGUUGACAUUAAGCGAUAUUUGCAAUACGAGCAAUACCUAGAUUGCGCCUCAAAAAAUGAUAAACGAAUAAUUAGGAGGUUGGCUAUGGGUUUCUUCUUGGAAAGUGAGGUUUUGUACGAAAGAGGACGUGAGAAAACCUAUUGA